AUGAAUAAACUUUUAUUAGUUAGUUUGUUGGUCAUGCUUUGCAUAGCCAACGUUAAUGCAACUAGGUUCUUAGAAGACACUGAAGUUAAUUAAAAAACUGAAAUUGCUCCUUAAAAGGAAGAAAUUAAAGAAGAAGUCACUCCUGUUGUUCCUGAUAAUACUUAAUAAUAAACUAAAGAAGCAAAUUCUACUGAUGCUAAAGAUUAGGUUAAAGAAUAAAAUAAUGCAAGCGAAACUCAAGAACAAAAUAAUGGUGAUUAAAAUAAAGAACCAGUUAAGGAAGAAAAGGUUGAUGAAUAAAACAAAGAAGCUGUUAAAGAAGAAAAGAAGGAAGAAGAUACUAAGGUUAUUCCUUAAGAAGAUCCUAAAGUUAUUCCUUAAGAAGAAAAUAAAGAAACCAAAUAAGAAACUGAAGAAGAAAAAAAAGAAGAUGAAAAAGUUAUUUCUCCUACUCCUGAUAACAAGGAAACCAGCUAUUUUGGCCUCUCUUUUGGAUUCAUCCUCGUUCUUGCUGCUAGUGUCCUCUUUUUCUUUGUUGGUUUCUACAGAUAUAGUUUAAGAAAAUAUAAAAUUCCUCCCUUCUCACCUCCCAAUUUCUGCCCAAAUUUCCUUUUCCCUAGACCAGAAAACGACCUCUUGAUGGAAGACUAUUGCAUUUAGAGCGGAACUGAAAUGGGCGGUGUCUACAGCUCCGAAAAAUAUCACAAUUUUUAUUGA